UGGACACAUCCACUAGCUAUUAGCAACCAACAUGCUUAACGGUAUCGAUCUGGAUUUUGGUAGCAUCAGAAAUUAAAGUUCAAGGAGCCGAACUAGCUAUAAUGGUGGUUCUGUCCUGAACCUUUAUGUUUUGGUUCCUGCUCAAAGCGAGGACGGUACACGAGGUCCGAGCUGUCCUUACAAACGAGGAGCACCGGGCCACGUCAGUCCGAUAGAAGGCAGUAGAGAGCCGUGGAUUAUAAACAGAAAAACUGAACCGUGAAAUUCGUUAACAGAACAUUAUGGUGUAUAUAACACAGUGCUCUGCGUGAAUACCUACGCACUUUCCGCCAUACGACGACCGGCUGACGGUCCCCACAGCUCACAGAGGCACCUGGAGCCGCCUCGCUGUACCGUUAAACCGGGGGCUUCAUCCUGAUGUUUUGCGUUUGGACUUCUUCGCCCGGAGGUGUACUUAGCAUUCCGUGGGCGCAAAACGUCUAAUUAAUGUUGCCCUUUCUCCGGACCACUGUCCUAAACGGCAACCUCCGUUUAAAAUCUUUCCGCGAUCUGCCCCGGACUGAAGACCGAACCAACGCGCCGGGCGCCACCGCGGCGCCGAGCCGAGAGUCCGUAGAGACGUGCGCGUCCCGCCCGCCUCCCCAUGACCUCCGCUUCUCGGACAGCAGGAGACCGCAUCUGAGCCCGGCGUCGGCCUCGUCGCGCCCCUCGACGCCCGCAGCGCCACUGAUUCGGGCACAGCAGAGGCAGAGAGGCAUCGGGCAGAGAGGAUGGCGCUGCCCCUCGAAGACGCCCGGAAGCUGGGCUGGAUGAUGCUGAAGUCGGUGACACGCUUCGUGUUCAUGUUCAUCAAUAACUGCGUCGCCAUCCCGUCAUACUGCAUAUACCUGCUCCUGCUCCAGCCCCUGAGGCUGAUGGACAGCCGCACCUUCUGGUACAUCGAAGGAGUGAUGUUCAAGUGGCUGCUGGCCAUGGUGGCAUCCUGGGGCUGGAUCGCGGGCUACACAGUGACGGAAUGGGGGGAUGAUGUGAGGCCCAUCUCUGAGGAGGAAGCCAUGGUCAUUGUGAACCAUCAGGCCACAGGUGACGUCUGCACUCUCAUGAUGUGCCUGCAGGACAAGGGCACGGUGGUUCGAAAAAUGAUGUGGCUGAUGGACCAUGUAUUCAAAUACACAAACUUUGGGCUUGUGUCAUUAAUCCAUGGGGAUUUCUUUAUUAGACAGGGUAAAGCACAUCGAGACAAGCAGCUCUUUUACCUGAAGGAUCACUUGGACAAAUUCUACUACAGCCGAGACAGGAAGUGGAUUGUGCUUUUUCCAGAAGGCGGCUUUCUGCGCAAACGGCGGGAAUCCAGCCAGUCCUUCGCAAAGAAGAACAACCUCCCUCACCUGACACACGUGACUUUGCCCCGCCUGGGGGCCACACAGGUCAUCCUGAAGACCCUGAGCCCACAGCAGGAGAACGGAAGUCUCGGGGCAGGGGAUGCUAGCCUGGCAGAAACCAAACGGAGGGGCCUGCAGUGGGUGGUUGAUGUUACCAUUGCCUAUCCCAAAGCCCGUCCCAUGGACAUCCAGAGCUGGAUCUUUGGGUACAGGCCUCCCACAGUCACGCAUGUGCAUUACAGGAUCUACCCCGUCAAAGACGUCCCAGUAGAGACGGAGCAGCUGACGGACUGGCUGUACCAGAGGUUUGUGGAGAAGGAGCAUCUCCUGGCCCACUUCUAUCAAACAGGUGCUUUCCCACCACCAAAAGGCCAACAGCAGGCUAACCCCAGGGAGAUGACGCUCGACAUCGUGUGGCUCCUUGUCAUACAGUCACUCGCCUUUCUGUCUGGUUACAUGUGGGUCAGUCUUCUUUGCAACUUCUACUGCUGGCUCUUCUGAUUGGCUAGCAGCUGGAAGAGAGAUUGGAUGGACAGGAUUGGGUCUCGAUGGCUUCAUGGCUCGGGGAUCAUUCUCUUGAUGUGUGAAUGUACAUUUGCUAAGUUAAAGCAUUGAAAACUGUACAUCUAUGCGGAACAUAUUUCCCCAAAACAUGGACCCUCACUCACUCUCACACACGCACAC